AUAAUCCGUGUACGACGUCGUUGUAUACACUUGUGUUCUACUGCUCCAAGCAAAUUUCUCAGCCUAAUCACUCAUCCUCUUUUUCUUUUUUUCUUUUUCUGUCAAACAAGCAAAGCUCAAUGCGUAUCUUCAAUAGCAGCACUUCCCACUCUUCCAAGAAGAAGGAGGAAAAAGAAUGGUUAGGAGCAAGUUUCAAGCCAGAGAAUUUUAUUCCGGGAAUAGUUAUUGGUUUCAUUCUUGGGUUGUUGUUGGAUUUGACUAAGCCUUCCAAAAGUAGUACUAGUAACACUUUGAAGAAGACUAGUCAUUUGCUUAGUAGAAAUCAUCCUGAAAAGAUUUUGGCCUCAUCUAAGGCUGACGAAGACCUCAAAAUGGUAUUAGUUGUCAGACAAGACCUGAAAAUGGCACAAGGAAAAGUUGCAUCUCAGUGUGCUCAUGCUGCUACCGGCAUGUAUGCAGACCUUAUGCAAAGCGAUCGGUAUCUUUUGAGGCAAUGGGAGCAAUGCGGACAGCCCAAAAUAGUUGUUACCUGCAAGAAUCAGCAAGAAAUGAAUAAGUUGAAGGAAGCAGCCGAGAACAUUGGUCUUCCAACUUUUGUGGUUGCUGAUGCGGGACGUACACAGGUCGCAUCCGGCUCAAGGACAGUUCUUGCUGUUGGACCAGGUUUUCAUCUACGUAGAAUGCUCACUUCUAACCAGCCAGUUCUAUGGCAGUCAGAAUAAACCUCUGCACAUCCUAACCACUUUUGUUGACGGUUGAAGCAAGUCAGCGGUAGAUUCAGUGACCGGAAAGCUGCGCCUCCUUUGAUGAUAUUGACAGCUUCCAUUGGAACCCGUGUCAGAUUUGAGCGGGUAGAUUUGCAACAACUUUUGAUCCGCGUUUCUCACAGAAGACAUGCAUAGUUCCUGACAUGAAGAAUUGAUAGAUGUGCUAAUAUCAAGAUAGGUCACUUAGUUUUAUUUUAUUUUUAUGCAAUGUAGUGCAUAAACUUAUUCUUGCCUUCCAGUUUCAAUUUGUAUGUAUUUGUCACAGCCCCAAUAAUGUUGUCUACACUGUCUGGUUGUGAAAGACAGUUCAUGUAUCUUAAAAAAAGUACCAUUAAUCGUUUAGUUGUUCCUCAUUUUUACUCGA